AUGCAAGGCCCACAGGACCAUGCAGAGCCAAGAGGACCAUGCAGGGCCCGGAGGACCAAGGACACUGGUCCAGAGGACCAGGCAUGGACCCAGAUGACCAUGCAGGGCCAUGAGGACCAUGCAGGGUCCAGAGGACCAUGCAGGGUCCAGAGGACCAUUGAGGGCCCGGAGGACCAGGGUCCAUAUGACCAGGGUCCAUAUGACCAGGGUCCAUAUGACCAGGGUCCAGAGGACCAGGGCCCGGAGGACCAGGGCCCAGAGGACCAGAGCCCAGAGGACAAGGCUCCAGAACUUGAGGGUCCAGAGGACCAUGAAGGAUCCAGAGAACCAUGCAGGGUCCAGAAGACCAUUCAGGGCCCAGGGGACCAGGGUCCAGAGGAAAAGGCUCCAAACAUCCAGGGUUCAGAGAACCAGGGCCCAGAGUGUCAGAGGACCCAGCACACUGGUCCAGAGGACCAGGCUCCAGAGGACAAGGGUCAAGAGGACAAGGCUCCAGAACUCCAGGGUCUAGAGGACCAGGGCAAAGAGGACCAGGGCCCGGAGGACCAGGUCCAAGAUGACAUAGCAGGGCCCAGAGGAUUAGGGCCAAGAGGACAAGGCUAA